GGAGGUAUAUGAGUGCAGGCGGCGGGCUCUGGGUCCCUUUUACCGCCAUCAGAGCGGACUGGUUUUCUUUGCACCGGGAACGACACAUUAUCACCGCCGCACCCUCCUUUCCUGCUCCAUCCUCCGGCCAAACAGCGCAGUUUCACUUUAGACUCGGCAAAGAUGGCAGACAUGGACAACAAAGAGCAGGCAGAGAUGGACCCUGCAGACAUGGAAGAUGUGGAAGAAGUGGAGGAAGAAGAAACCGGAGAAGAUGUCAACAGCAAAGUCAGUCGUUUGACCGUUCAGAUGAUGCAGAACCCACAGAUCUUGGCCGCGCUACAGGAGAGACUCGACGGACUCAAUGGCUCCCCCUCAGGAUACAUUGAAAGUUUACCGAAGGUGGUGAAGCGUCGCAUCAAUGCUCUAAAGAACCUGCAAGUGAAGUGCGCUCACAUUGAGGCCACGUUUUAUGAAGAAGUCCAUGAACUGGAGAGAAAGUACGCCGCCCUCUACCAGCCGCUGUUCGACAAGAGGAGUGAGAUCGUCAAAGCUGCCUACGAGCCCACAGACGAAGAGUGCGAGUGGAAGGCUGACGAUGAGGAAGAGCUCACAGUAAGUAAACAGGAGGAGAUGAAGGAGAAGGCGAAGCUGGAGGAAGAGAAAAAGGACGAGGAGAAGGAGGACCCAAAAGGAAUCCCCGAGUUCUGGCUCACAGUGUUUAAGAACGUGGACCUUCUCAGCGACAUGCUCCAGGAACACGAUGAGCCUAUACUUAAACAUUUACAAGAUAUCAAAGUGAAGUUCUCAGAUCCAGGGCAGCCUAUGAGUUUUACAUUAGAGUUCCACUUCGAGCCAAACGACUUCUUCUCAAACACAGUCCUCACAAAGACAUACAAAAUGAGGUCUGAACCCGAUGAGAGCGACCCCUUUUCCUUCGACGGCCCAGAAAUCAUGAGCUGCACAGGUUGCACGAUUGAGUGGACGAAGGGCAAAAACGUUACAUUGAAAACAAUCAAGAAGAAACAGAAGCACAAGGGCCGUGGCACAGUCAGGACAGUGACCAAGACUGUGCCCAAUGACUCCUUUUUUAACUUCUUCACUCCUCCAGAGGUGCCAGAAAAUGGAGAGUUGGAUGAGGACUCCGAGGCAAUCCUGGCUGCAGACUUUGAGAUCGGUCACUUCAUUCGUGAGCGGAUCGUUCCUCGGGCUGUGCUCUACUUCACAGGAGAGGCCAUCGAGGAUGACGACGAUGAUUACGAUGAGGAGGGUGAAGAAGGAGAUGAUGAGGAGGGAGAGGAGGAGGCAGAUGAAGAAAAUGACCCAGACUAUGUUCCCAAGGUUUAAGUGGUGACUGUAGAAUUACCUGUACUGAAAGACGCCCCCCCAGCUGAAUGCAAGCAGCAGUGAAGUUUCCCGCUGCCUUGAGAAUCUCCAGCUUCUCAAAACUAAACAAAAAAAAUAUAUAUAAAAAAAAAAAAAAAAAAACUUUAAAAAAUAGUUACUUACGCCUUAUAAUGUUUUGUAUUUUUCUUGGUAGAGAAUUUGAAGUAAAAAAAAUAAAAAAAAGAUUUCAAGAUUUUUGUUAUACGAAAACUCAUGGUAACAUACUGGGAGCGCUGGCUCGUAUACAUAGUAUUUUAUUAUUCUAUAGAUUUGUUCCUUUCUUCUGUACAAUAGAGGCAUGCACUGCAAAAACACACUACCUGAGAUGAAAUCCCUUGAGUUUAGAAAAUUGAUCUCUUUAAGAGGUUUUGACUAGUUUAGACUUGGUUUAUGUAAAUUAUUUAACAAAAAUUAUUUGACUAGGUUAAAUUUAUGCUUUGUUUCAAUUCAAAUGAAAAGAUGAACAGUAUUAAAGGUGCAAUAUGUAAUAUUUUAACCACUGCUUGACUCCAUGGAGAUGAGCUCCUGAUUCCUCAAGACCAAGUUAAAGGUCAGAUCUGUGGAGGCGAGUCCACUCACAGUAAGAAUGCUCUGGUUUUCUAGGCAUUUAUUUGCACUUAAAACAUUAAUUGAAUAAAUGCUAGACAAGUUUAAUGCCAUACUGCGGAACAUUCCAGGGAAGGCAACGUUAACAUUACCAUGAAAGAAGAGAUGCCAGAUUCCAAUCAGAUAAGUUGCAUAGUUCACCUUUAAAUUUUUGAUUACAUUUUCAUAUCAAACCAAUUAUGCUAUGUGUAACUGAAGGACUGACCCAUCAUUUGUCAGUCACCCUGAUGUUAAAUCUGAACCAGCCAAAACUGCUCAAAUGGAUUAGUAUUCUGAAGUUGAGUAAUUUAAAUGUGUGUAGAUGUGUUUUGCAGUGCAGGGGGCAAAAGCAUGAACUACUAUCACUGCUAAAACUAGUUUGGAUUCUCGUGAAGUCUUUUGUUGUUUUUGAUCUUAGACAACAGCUGUUGGCUUGAAUGCUGCGUAACUAAAAUCUAAAAUUCAAAAUCGCUCAUUACUGAAUAAGGGAUAUUCCAGUCCAACCAUCUCAUAUAUGCCCACUUUGAGUUUCAUUAUCCCUACGGUGUGUUGGAAAUCUGUUAGUACCAUGUGACUUAUACUAUUUAAAGUAUUCUAAUGGUUUUCUCAGAUCUGGAAAGUACCACAUUUAAACAUUUUGGUACUUGUAGCAUUUCCAUAAUUUUUAAUGGCCCCAUUGGCCUCAAUUUAGUCAAUUCCUUUGGAAAGAAAA